UCGUCCCGUCGAAGUUUCGGCAUCGUUCGUUCAUCCCACCAUCCAUCCGGCUUCCACGACGUCCCGGCAAAAUGCGCGAGGUGCUCUCCGUUCACAUUGGCCAAGGCGGCGUUCAGAUGGGGAACGCGUGCUGGGAGCUUUACUGCCUGGAACAUGGCAUACAACCUGACGGUAUGCUCCCACCGCAGAGCUGCGCCAACGACGAGGGCUUCCAGACCUUCUUCAGCGAGACCGGCGGUGGCAAAUACGUUCCCAGGGCAGUUUUCAUCGACUUGGAGCCCACCGUGAUAGACGAAGUGCGCACGGGCACGUACCAUCAGCUGUUCCACCCGGAACAGCUGAUAUCCGGGAAGGAGGAUGCGGCGAACAACUAUGCCCGGGGUCACUACACGCUCGGCAAAGAGAUGCUGGAACUGGUGCUGGACCGGAUCCGCAAGAUCGCCGACGCGUGCUCCGGCCUCCAAGGGUUCCUGAUCUUCCACGCCUUCGGCGGAGGUACCGGCUCCGGCUUCACCUCUCUGCUGAUGAACUGGCUCUCCAUCGACUACGGGAAGAAGGCCAAAUUGGAGUUCGCCAUCUACCCCUCGCCGCAGAUCUCCACCGCCGUGGUGGAGCCCUACAACGCCAUCCUGACGACCCACACCACUCUAGAGCACUCGGAUUGCGCCUUCCUCGUGGACAACGAGGCGAUCUACGACAUUUGCCGACGAAACUUGGACAUCGAGAGGCCGACCUACACCAACCUGAAUCGACUGAUCGGCCAGAUCGUGUCCUCGAUCACCGCCUCCCUGAGGUUCGACGGAGCCCUCAACGUCGACCUCACCGAGUUCCAGACCAACCUGGUGCCUUAUCCGCGCAUCCACUUCCCUCUGGCUACCUACGCGCCCAUUGUAUCCAUAGAGAAGGCUUAUCACGAACAGUUGACCGUCAUGGAGCUGACCUCGGCCUGCUUUGAGCCGGCUAAUCAGAUGGUCAAAUGCGACCCGAGGAAGGGCAAAUACAUGGCCUGCUGCAUGCUCUACAGAGGCGACGUCGUUCCAAAGGACGUGAACGCCUCCAUUGCCACGAUCAAGACCAAACGAGCAAUUCAGUUCGUUGACUGGUGUCCAACGGGAUUUAAGGUCGGCAUCAACUAUCAGCCUCCCACGGUGGUUCCCGGGGGCGACCUGGCCAAGGUCCAACGGGCGAUGGCGAUGUUGGCGAACACCACCGCCAUUGCGGAGGCCUGGACCAGGCUGAACAGGAAGUUCGACCUGAUGUUCAGCAAGCGAGCCUUCGUUCAUUGGUACGUCGGAGAGAACAUGGACGACGGCGAGUUCAGCGAGGCUCGGGAGGAUUUGGCUGCCCUCGAGAAGGAUUACGAGGAGGUAGGCAUGGACUCGACCGAGGGAGGCGAGGAAGGAGAUGAAAAUUAGCGGAUCAACCAAGGCUCCGGAAAAUAGGCGGCUUUUCGAGGCAAGGGAGAGACGCGGCUCCAAUCUGGCCACGCGGUGGGAUGAACGAACAGUCGCCGGAUUUCCUCCACGUGGUCCUUUUCGU